AUGCCUCCUAAAACUACGCUGCUCUUUGUACUUUUGGGGAUAUUCUCUGCAUUUGUUAGCGCCAAAGCGACAGAAUAUAAGAAGGAAGGGACGAAGCAAGAUGACAAACUACUGGACCUAUCCUUAGCGAUACCUAAACAGACAACAUUACGAGGUCCAGCCGUUAGAAAAACCAUACCGACUCGAAAAUGUUUAGGGACUGGUUUUUUCAAAGUGGGGAUUAAGAGAGGAAAGGGGGGAAGACACACCGGCUUAAAGGUUACCGACAAAUACGUACCUGCUGAGACAAACAUGGGGUACCCAUGGGACUUGACAUGGCUGAAGUUCACACUCUAUGAACCAUCUGUGUUUGAUUCAGAGAUUGGCAUUGAGACUCUAAGCAUGGCCAUCAAGCCAGGCAGAUAUGCCUCAGCGUGA